GCUAGCGAUCACCAAGGAUCCCUUGUAUAGUAGGCUACUUAAAAUCAUUCUGCGUCCAAUUACUCUGUUGCUCCCCCCGUUUACUAUAUCCCCGCCCUUCUCGAAACUGACAGCGAUUGAAAGCAAAAGCGGGGGAUGGCAAGGAAGGGCAAUAUCAUUUAUUCAACCAAAUACACCUGUAAACCGUAGUGUCUACCAAAUCUGUGGUAUACAACCGCAAAAAAUGAUCUACAAAACGCGAGAAGCGGAUUGUCGAAGAAGAUGAAGCAACCAUUAGAAGAAACGGGAAACGGAACGUGUUAAGCCUUUGGAUACUUUUGCCGCAAACUACGUUAUUGUUUUCAAUUAGAGACGUGCCAUAGUUUACUUGACGUUGCUUAAUUUUUGCCGGUGGGGAAAUGAGCGAUGGAGAUCUGCGCAUUACUGACGGACUGCUGCUCAAGAUUUUCAUGAGAAAAUAACUGAUCUGCGGAGAAACUCCCUCCUGUCACAUCCCUCUCUAGCGUGGGAGCUCACAGAGAUAAAUUAUCGACGGAAAGAUUGCAUUAGGAUUUUCUGCUUUCUCGGACUCGGGAGCUGAAGAAAUAGACACACUAGUUGACGCACUAAUGUACACUGAAGAGCAAGGCUGCACACAUAAACGCACACGCAAUCUAGCUUUGAUGAUCGUGAAGAUCCAUGCGUAAGAAUCGUCUCCAACAGAAUCAUAAUUAAUGUGCCGAUAUUUACAAAUAUCAUCUAAAUUAUAGUAUAGUAAAUUAAAAAAACUUGAGGCAGAUGAAAAGUAUAAAAUGAUAUACGGUCUUAUACCCUAAUAUUUGACUAACCGAAAAAUCAAGGCAUUUGAAUAUUGGUUUCAGUAAUAACUGUUAUGAUUACAAAAUACGAAGGAUAUCCGUUUUGCAAAACAGCUUAUAAUUACAACAGGAGACUAAUUUAAAUACAUAAUACAAUCAAAACAUGAGAGAAUUUCGCCACAGAGGAUAUACCGUAGAUUAUCCUGGAAACUGCAGCGGGAUCUUUACUCAGCGUGUAAAUUUUGAAGGGGUCGGGGGCAGGGGAGCAGUUGACAAGGAUCAGGGAGAGGCCGGGGCUACUGAGCUCUCAGCGAGACUGCCUGCCGCGGAGCAGCCGCUGCCGGGGCUGGAGAGCAUGGAAGGGGGGAGGUGGAAGAAUGAACCUUAUAUCCUUGAAGAAUUAUAACAUUCACUAUUUCAGAGUUGCAAUAUUGUUCGAGCGUUUUAAUAGUUUACAGGUCAGAUAAUCUAUCAAUCAAACAUCUUAAAUAUGUAUAUACAUUAUGUGCUUAAUGUUAUUCCGUAGCUGUAUUGUAUUCGUCUCUUAAUCGGGGGGACGUUAAAUCCUUCUUGAAUAGCUGAAUCUUCUACAACUGCAGUGUUCGUUUCACAGUUUUAUAUUUAUAUGUAUUGUUGUUAUUUUGAAAGCAAGUUUCAAUUAGUUUUAUACCAAAUCUAUAUCCAGGGGAAUUUAAUUGACAAAAUAUACUACUCAUAAUCAAUUUAUCCUCAACAAAAACUAAAAUAAUUAAAUGUUUUUUUAAUUAUAAUAUUUUUAUUUGAAAAUAUAUUGUAUUAGAAUACUGUCUGCUAAAAUGUUCUGUGGGUAAUUGAAUGACCAUGCAGAGGAAUGCUGUUACUUUGUACAGCACUUGGAUAUGCUAGGCAGACAAGCCAUUAAACUUGAUUUUCAUUGGCUUACAUAUAUAGUUAUACAGUGAGUGUUAAAAUAAGGUGACAGCUUAAAUUUUACAAUUUUACAUUAUGUGCAGUUGUUUUGCUCUUUUUUCAAACUAUAUUCCUAUUUUUUAAUAUCCUACCUUCGAUCUUCGACUGAUCUUUGCUUCUGAAAACAGCUUUAAGCAAGAACUUAAACUAUAACUCUCACCCUUUAGAGUAUAUUUAGAGCAACUUAAGUUCAUUGUGUCUUUUUUUCUUUCUUUUUGCAAACAUGCAUAAUGUGGAGUAUGGUUAGAGCGUUUAAACCAUACAUACACACAUAUUUUGCAGUCUGGAUUCACGAGUAGAGCAUGGAUACAUUGAACAAACAUACAUAAAUAGAUUAAGGAGUUUACAGUCAGUUUUACACUUUCACAUUGAAGCAUAACUGUGUUCAAUAUAUAUUCCGGGCAAGAAAGUGAAGAAUAAAAGAAGAAACUCAGGAAACAAAAAACUAACUUUGGACAUUCAAUCAAGGGACUUUUCACCUUGACUCUGAGCAAUAGAGCAGGCAGGAGGAACAAACACAAAACAACUGACAAUAUCUGGCAAUGUUCUCAAGAAACCUGGAGUCCUGUUCUAGUUCUGAUCAACAUUUAUAGAGCACGCUCGCGCUCGCCGCAAGAGCAUAGCUACCGGGAAGCAGCCAAGCAUGGAGACCCCUCCCACUGCCCCCCCUCAACCCUUCCGACAAUCCAGUUUUCUCAGCAGAAGGUUAAAAGGCUCCAUCAAGCGGGCCAAGAGUCAGCCCAAACUGGACCGCACCAGCAGCUUCCGCCACAUGAUUCUGCCUCGCUUCCGCAGUGCCGACCAGGACAGGACUCGCCUAAUGCAGAGCUUCAAGGAGUCCCACUCCCACGAGUCCCUGCUGUCCCCCAGCAGCGCAGCUGAAGCUCUGGACCUCACAUUGGACGAGGACGCCAUUAUCAAACCUGUGCACUCCAGCAUCUUGGGGCAGGAGUACUGCUUUGAGGUGACCACAGCAUCAGGGACCAAAUGCUUUGCCUGCCGCUCGGCCGCUGAGAGAGACAAAUGGAUCGAGAACCUGCAGAGAGCCGUCAAACCCAACAAGGACAAUAGCCGGCGGGUGGACAACGUGCUGAAGCUGUGGAUCAUCGAGGCGCGCGACCUGCCCCCCAAGAAGCGCUACUACUGCGAGCUGUGCCUGGACGACAUGCUGUACGCGCGCACCACCAGCAAGCCCCGCACCGACACCGUCUUCUGGGGCGAGCACUUCGAGUUCAACAACCUGCCCGCCGUCCGCAACCUGCGCCUGCACCUCUACAAGGAGACCGACAAGAAGAGGCGCAAGGAGAAGAGCACCUACCUGGGUCUCGUCAGCAUCCCCAUCUCCAGCAUCACUGGCCGGCAGUUCGUGGAGCAGUGGUACCCAGUGAUCCAGCCCAGUGUCCUAGCCAAGACAGGGGGUGUGGGGGGCGGCAAGAUCAUCAACGCCUCACUGCGCCUCAAGUCUCGCUACCAGACCAUGAGCAUCCUGCCCAUGGAGUUGUACAAGGAGUUCGCCGAGUAUGUCACCAACAACUACCGUACGCUCUGCGCCGUGCUGGAGCCCCUGCUCAGUGUCAAGAGCAAGGAGGAGGUGGCCUGUGCCCUGGUGCACAUCCUGCAGAGCACGGGGAAAGCCAAGGAUUUUCUGUCCGACAUGGCAAUGUGUGAAGUAGAUAGAUUCAUAGACAGGGAACAUCUCAUCUUCAGAGAGAAUACACUGGCCACCAAAGCCAUAGAAGAGUACCUCAAGCUGAUUGGACACAAGUACCUCAAGGAUGCCAUAGGCGAGUUCAUCAGAGCCUUGUAUGAGUCAGAGGAGAACUGUGAGGUCGACCCAAUGAGAAUCCCGCCUUCUGUUCUUCCUGAUCAUCAAGCUAAUCUCCGCAUGUGCUGUGAGCUGGCACUCUGCAAGAUCGUCAACUCCCAUUGCGUGUUCCCACGAGAGCUGAAGGAGGUGUUCGCCUCCUGGAGGGUGCGCUGUGCGGAGAGGGGGAGGGAGGACAUCGCCGACCGCCUCAUCAGCAGCUCCCUGUUCCUGCGGUUCCUGUGUCCCGCCAUCAUGUCGCCGUCCCUCUUCAGCCUGACGCAGGAGUACCCCGAUGAGCAGACUUCACGGACCCUAACCCUCAUCGCCAAGGUGGUGCAGAACCUGGCCAACUUCUCCAAGUUCGGCAGCAAGGAAGAGUACAUGUGCUUCAUGAACGAGUUCCUGGAGAUGGAGUGGGGCUCCAUGCAGCAGUUCCUGUACGAGAUCUCCAACCUGGACAGCGUGAGCAACGCCGGCGGCUUCGAGGGCUACAUCGACCUGGGCCGCGAGCUCUCCAUCCUGCACAGCCUGCUCUGGGAGGUGAUGGCACAGCUCAGCAAGGAUGCCAUCAUCAAACUGGGGCCCCUCCCCCGUCUGCUGAACGACAUCAGCAUGGCUCUGCGAAACCCCCACUUGCAGCGGCAGCCCAGCCACCAGGCGGACAGACCUCCCCCCGACAGACAGGCCGAGCGGCUCCUCUCGAGGCCCAGCUUCAACCGCGGCAUGUCCUCCGACUUCCAGAGCCUCAUGAUGCGGGACCUCAACAGCUCUAUAGACGCCACUCGCCUGCCUUCCCCGACUUCCGGCCUGUCCAGCGGGGGUGGAUUAUCCUCGCGGGCCGGCAUGGGACUCUCCGACCGCGAUCACCAGCACAGGGCCUCUAAAGACGUCUUCUACGUCACACGGCCGCCCCUGGCCCGGUCCAGCCCAGCCUACUGCACAAGCAGCUCUGACAUCACUGAGCCGGACCCGAAGGUUCUCAGUGUCAAUAAAAGCGUGUCUAUGAUGGAUCUCCAGGACUCCAGGAUGAACAGCAUCUCCAACCUCCAGUCAGUGGGUGACAUGCUAAACUCCUCUCAAGCCUCCAUCGCUGGUCUGGGCAGCUUCGGGGCCCUGGGCGGGGGGCUGCGUACCGGGGGGCGCCUGUCUGCCGGCUCCGGAGGGUCCAGCAUGUCCGGCGGGCUCCGCAUGAGUCAGAUGGGGGCCACCACCGACUCCCUAUCCCAGCAGCAGCAGCAGCAGGCAGCCGCUCUCCGGUACCCGCUCUCCUUCCAGAACCCCCUCUUCCACCUGGCCACCGACGGGCCCCAGCUGCACCACCAACAGGGCCGCGGCCAGCUGCCCCCUCCUCUGCUCCUGGCCCCCGAACCCGAGGCCCCCAACUCCGGCUACAUCCCACCCUUCGGCCACGGGGGCUUCUCCCGCAGUGAGGACCUGUCCACCCUGCGGCCCGGCGGCGGCAACCUGGGGCAGCCCAGCAUGCUGCACUCACACAGCUACAGCGACGACUACACCCGGCAGAACCAGGCCGAGUUCGGGCACCGCCAGCUGUCCCUGCAGGUGCAGGAGAACAUCCAACAGCAGCAGCCGCAGCCCCAGUCUGGCACCUCCCCCUCCUCCCUGGCCACGCCCCCCUCCACCAUCCAGCCCGUCCGGCAGAACUCCAACGCCGCUCCUCCGGCACAGCGCGUCAAAUCGCAGCCCUCCCAUCAGCUGUCCGUCGGCUCAGCCGCCGCCUCCACUCCCCCCACCAAGCAGCGGCCGCCCAGUGGGAACCUCCUCCAGUCUCCAGAGGCUGGGGGCUUCGGGAGCCGGCAGCAAGCGCCGCGGCAGCAGCUUUCCGUCAAGGACAGCCCGGCGCCAGGGCUGCCGCACCAGCAGAGCACCACCCGGGAAGGGCCCCAGGGCCCCCAGGGGCCACAGGGCGGCGGCACGCAGACCACCCCGCCAUCUCAGCAGCCGCAGCAGCAGCAGCAGCAGCAACAACAACAGCAGCAACAGCAGCAGCAGCAACAGCAACAGCAACAGCAGCAGCAGCAACACCUGCUGAAACCAUCUAUCAGCAAACAGGGUUCACAGUCACCUUCUACACUCAACCCACCCACUCCGGCGUCAGAGCGAACUGUAGCCUGGGUCUCCAACAUGCCCCACCUGUCCGCUGACAUCGAGACAUCGCGCAUCGACCGGGAGGACUUUAAGCUCAAAGAGUACUCCAAGAGCAUGGACGAGUCUCGCUUGGACAGGGUACGGGAGUACGAGGAGGAAAUCCACUCUCUAAAGGAGCGCCUGAUGAUGUCCCACCGGAAGCUGGAGGAGUACGAGAGGAGGCUGCUCUCCCAGGAGCAGCAGACCAGUAAAAUCCUCCUGCAGUACCAGUCCCGGCUGGACGACAGCGAGAGGAGGCUGAGACAGCAACAAGUGGAGAAAGACUCGCAGAUUAAAGGAAUAAUCAACAGGCUCAUGGCCGUGGAGGACGAGCUGAGAGGGGGCCCGGUUCCUGAGCUCAAACCCCGGAUGUUUGCAGAUCAGGAAGAGCAGUAUUCCUCCCUGGGUUCUGCAGACCCCAGUGUGAAUGCCGGAGGAGGAGGAACGACCAUCGCUCCCGGCUCUGGAGUCUCUUCCUCGGGCGUCUCCUCCACCAGCUCCCCCUGGAAUGGAGUCCUUCCCCCUCCCCUGCCUCCCCCUCCCCUCCCACCUCCUCGUGUGCACCUCAACCAGAAUGGAGAGCUCCGUGGCAACCCAAUGCCCUUCUCGGUGCCUGCCCAAAUGGCAGGCGGGAGCACGGCUCCAGCUACGUCAAGCCUGGGUCUGGCCGGAGGGGAAGCAGAGCAAUGACAGCCAGCAGCAAAUUAGGGACAGAGGGCGCAAACGAUAGCAACUCUCUCUGCCCCCUCAUAUAUUUUCUUCCUCUUAUUUUUGCUUGGAGGUAGAAAAUAUUGCACACUUUCCCCUCCCAUUGUCCCAGAGAGAAAGAGAGAGAGAGAGAAAGAGAAAAGGGGAUAGAUAUCUAAGGGGGAGUCACACCGAACACACUGCACACAUGCAGAGGAAAAGGGCUUUCAGCUUAACCUGAGCUCAACAGCUCGCGUUUUCAUCACGGCCAAAAUCAACUCGGGUCAGUGUGCUGUAGGGCAGCUGUAAUGCUCUCCUCUUCGGAGCCUCUUAGAUAUUAUGAGAUCCUUUUAUGAGCUAAUUAUGAUGAUUAGAUGAGCUGUAUUGAGAAAAUGGCAUAAAACAGUGUUUCAUUUCCCACGACCGUUCUGCUCUAAAUGUUUCGUCAUGUAUGGUUCAUAAUCCUAAAGUUCUGUAUUUUUUAUUUUCAUAGAAUUUCAAGAAUCACCAGUAUAAGUUAUACUAACAAGAGAAGUUACGUUUUAAAUAGUUUCCUAAAGAUGCUCAUUGCAUGUUAUCCCAUAAUUCACUGGGUACAGAAGGGACACUCAUUUCCUAUCCUAAAAAUUGCCAGCUGUUAUUCUAUUGGUUGGCAAAUAGCACCUGAAUUAGUCAUACUACAAAGCAGCUUGUCCACAGCUUAAAAGUGCCACUUUUAAUUUCAGCAAACAUGCUAACAUUAGAUGCCAAAACCAACGAUUCCAUGUUGCACAGAAUUUUGCACCAGACAAAAUGCAUUGCAGUGUGAUUCAGGACCGUGGUAGCAUGGUCUGACUUUCUCAGUGCCUUUAAUAUCAGGAGUUUUAAGAAGUUCACCUUUUGAAAAGGAUUUUGAAAAGUUUUGCUGGUGGAACCAGUAGGAGGUUUAUAUUGUAAAAUAAAUAGAUAUAUAAUAGUUACGUGUAAAGCUUAGCAGACUUUAGGGUCUUGGUGACAGAGCACAAGAAACACACUCAGAAAUCUAAUAAUGUGCAGAAAAAUUAAAAGUAGCAAUUAAUGGCUGGACAUUACUCAACUGGACUGGACAUAUGCAAAGUUUUCUCUUCUCAAUCUCAGAACCAAUAUGUGAUAAACAGGUGCUUCAAAAAUGCAGUGCCAUUUCCAAGUAAUAAUUUCAUUGUACAGCAUUGUACGUGUGUCAUAUUGGUCACGUGGAUAUGCUUUACUUAUAAGGCUUUUAGGUGCUUUAACUGUUGUCUAUAUGUGCGUGUAUGUAUGUGUGAGUGUGCACGCUCGUCACCAACCCAAACCUUAAAAGGUACCACUACCCAACGAACUGAGUGCGUGCAGAUUUAAUGAUUGUGUAAAGCUGGUGACCAGAAAACAAUCAGGUACUACACUCUUUUUAAUGUGUGACAAUGAGACGGCCUCACAGACCACAGGGGUCCUGUCCCGUGCCAGCGUUCACAGCUGGGACCCCAGAAGGGCCGGGCCUGUCAGACCAUUUUGUGUGGCUACUCCGGAGCCUUCAGAAGUGGUGUCCGACAGACUAAGUGGGAUAGUUUGAAAUUAACUGGAAUGGCUGCUAUGACUUUUGACAGCUGUCAGCUGACCUCACACCUGAGAAGCAUGUUAAAAACAGAGGAACCUAAGAUUGUGGAUGUCCUCGAGACGAGAUGCUACGAUUCACUGAAGACUCUGCACUUGUUUCGACUUUGUUUUUUUUUCUUAAAACUUAGGGCAGAUUUAGUCAGUAGUCACAACGCCCUGUAGCUUCUUGUGAGACUUUUAGCAUACAUACAGUAUAAUUAGAUUGUUUUCACUUGGUGGGCAUUUCAGAGGACAUUUUGUCCCACCAACUAGGCAUCUGUAUUAUAAGGCAGAGAUGUUUCACAUGGCUGAAGGGCCUUAAGAGUGAUAUCAAAAAAGCCUUCUGACAUCAUGCUGGCCUUACCCUGUGUCCUCCCCUAUUAAGUUCAUGUCUAAGUGUUGUAUCUCACUGUUUCUGUUGAAAUACACAGAACAAUUCAUUCAUGCAAAUGUGGAUGGCACAGCUGUUGCAAGCCACGAGCAAAAUUGUAUAUCCUGGAGGGAAAAAAAACGUUAUCAGUUUUUUCUUACAUCCUGGGAGAGUUGCUCCUUUUAAAAAUACUUUUGAUUGAAGGGUUGUCAUAAACAACUGGGCAAUUUGCUACAUUGACAUUCUAACGCAUGAUAAGUUAAUUGCACGUGUAUUACAAAUAUCAUUCUGAGAUGCCCUACAGACCAUUAAAAUCAUAGCUAUUUCAAUCAUGAGAAAACAAACUUGAGAAUGUAGAAUGUUUGACAAUACAGUGGAAGACUCCACAUGCUUUAUAUGUAUCUGUAGCCAUCAAAGAACAUUUAAAAAGGAAAAGGCACAGUAUGAGAAGUACUUUGAUGACAUUUCAAAUCUUUAUAGAAUGCAAACAGAUGCAAUCAUUGUAAGUGACUUCAGUGACUUGCAUCACAAACAGUGUCAUGUGACAGUAAACUGUGUGCUCUCUGUAGCUUUCGGAUUUGACUGAUCCAUACAUUCCUCACAUCUGAACACAUAUCUGUGCAUUUCCCAUUCUAAACAGCGCAGAACAUAAAUGAAACCCUUGGUUCUACUUAUCGUAGCUCUUACAGGAUGCAUGUAUCCUGUCCAGUUGUGACGGUCAAGCUUCUGCAGUAAAAGGCUUUUCAAAGUGCAAUUUAACUAUGUUCUCAAAUAUCUUGUGAGCUCCUUUACUGUCAAUACUGGUAGACUUGCAGGACAUCUGGGAUGCAAUUUCUUGUGCCUGGUUAUUGAUGCAGCCCUGCUCUGUGUGAAGGUUAUUUGUUUUUAUAUUACAACGUUCUAUUGGCACAAGUUGACAGGAAAGUUUUGUUUCUUUAAUCAAAGUUCGAUCGGAGAAAAGCCAGCCUAACUCUGUGCAUCUCGGCAGUUUCCAGCUGCGUACUGUGUGUUAGACUGUUCCGCGUACCGAGAGCAGGCUGGGGACGAGCGUCAAGUCCCCUAGUCAGAAAAUGAAACUGGGUUAUUAAGUUUUCCAGGUUGGCAGCAUUCAGGGCUGGCAUUCCUAGUUGGAUUGAAACCCCCACCAAAUAAGAACAUGAGCACUGCUAUAAAGCACAAGAAGGGACACAUUAUUAGCUUAUCUUUUCCUCAUGUGCUAGUAAAAACUUAAAUAUUGGCUAUUAUACAGAGAUUCAGAUUAUCAAAAAUAUAGUCCACCAAGUUCUGCAGCCUGAUAAAAUACAAUCUAUUAUUAUAUUAUUUAUUUAGCUGAGAUUUUCAUUUUAAGUGACUUUCUCCAUUGAAUAUGAAUGUGCAAAUUAUGUAUUGCUACUAUGUUUAACCAUUAUGAUUCAUAGAUGCAUGGGUGUACAGGGUUAAUGAUUAAAUGUGCAUUGCUAUGAAUAUACCUCAGACAAACAGAACUGAGAGACUCAGGUAAACAAUCAGAUGCCUCAGAGCUGUACCCAAGCUGACUAAAACAUUAGUCCACACUGAACACUUACCGAAAGAUUGCUAAUAGGGCAGUGGGUCCAGCUGUCACCAGUAGCAAAGGUUAGACACUACUUCAUCGGACACCCCCCCCUCCUUCUCUCUGUCUCCCUUUUUUUUUUUCCUCCAGCCAUUCACACAGCGUCAUGGGGGCCAAUCUGGAACAUAAUUGGCUGAUGCAGUACGGGCAGACCUGCGAAUGGCCUGGCCCUGACUCAGAAGCCCUCCCUCGGGAUCUGAUUAGCUGAGAAAGGGGGAAUGCAGGGAAAGGGACGAGCACAGCUCUGGCCCCUUUCACAAAACAGAUGCUCCAGAGUCAAUGAAUACAUUAACACGAGCGGUACCAUUGGAGGAUCCUAAAGAAUGGACUGUCCCUUCCUGACAUUCGCUGUCUCUAAUUGGCUGAUUGGACUUUUUUUUUGUACAUUCACACCUACUGUUGGAUAUUAAGUUACUUAAAAGACAAAUAGCAAUUCUCCACUGAAAUGAUGCAAUGGCUGUUGUACUGUAGCAUGUGAAGAACAGCUUCUCUGAUUGGCAGUGUGCUGAAUUUGUUUUGUGUUCAAUUUUGAUGGAAGAAACAUAUGCGAAGAAACUUAACCAAGGGAGAGAGAGAUAAGGGUAAGAUACUCUUUGAAGGUACUUCUAUUCCUUUGCAGUUUAUGCUCCUGUUCUCAGAUCCUCUAUGAUUUGUGUUCUUUUUUAUCACUCUUUCCACUUCAUGUUUCAUGCUGUAUAUGUGUUACACACCACACCUUCACUCUGCUAUCCCCACUCUUUCACUCUUCAUUCACACUUCCUGGCACAUUCCGUUUCUUGCGGAUCUCCAUGUUUGCUUUCCACUUUUACACGUCCGAGCAGAACCAGCCCACUUGCUCACCCUCAUCUUUUUAUGUAAGCCAUUUUAGUCUCUGCUCUCUAUCUCUCUCUGUCUUUGACUGGGCAGAAACAGACUCGAUAUACAAUGCCUCAAUAAAACAGAAAGUGGCAUGUAGUAUGUGUGGCUUUGGUGAAACUGUGGAAGCUGGAAAAUGGACAGACGAGUGUGUCACUUUCUGUUAUCUUGAUUAUACAUCAGCCUAUCAGAGCACUAUUUAUUCAUCUGGACUCUUUCUGAUUCAUAUCUAUAAUUUUCUUUGAUAAUGUUAAGGACCUCGAAUGAGUUAACAGAAGUCUGGAAACAACUUUUUAAUCAACGGACUUCUUUUGUGACAAUCCUAUUGGACUUUUUUUGUGGAAGUACUCAUUCCUGGAAAUCAAAAUGGAACAAAACUGUUGUUCCUCAUUCUCCCCCCCCCCCCCCCCCC